GCAGCAGCCUACUCACAAACACUGCCUAACGGGUUCAAUAGUGUUUCUUUACUCUUUAUUCAUUGACUUACGUUUCCCUAUCCAUUAGAUAAAACCUCCUCAAAACCCUUUACUUAUUCAAGAUUUUAUUUUUCUAUCUAUUAAAUACCUGCUUUCAUCGCUCAAUUGAUUCGUAAUUGGGGUGAGUCUUCCAAUGCUGCACAUAUAUGCAGUUCACCCACCACGUCAUCAACCCCAGAGGUCUUUACAAUGACUGCUUAGUGCUUGAACUCUUCUACUGGCGUUAUUGAUGAUAUCUUGGAAGGGCACUGAAAUGGCUUGCUUAUGAUAUCUCAAGAGAGCAUUAGAGUGGCUAUUUAUUAUUUCAGUUACCAUAACUAGCUCAAUGAAAUGAUUUUCUGUCAGCAUCUGUCUUUAUACAAGAACACUAAUGAACAAGGAGAGUAUAUUUUCUUCCAAGUUAUCAAAGAAAUCACCAACUCUUCUCUGGUUGGUUUUUCUUUUCACUGUAAUGGGAUUUGGAUUAUACAUUUGCUAUCUAUGCCUCCAGCAGAUCCCUAUUCCUUUAAAACCAAAGGAAGAAUUCAUCAAUGAUAUCACGAAGGCAACUUGUUACACCCAUGACAUCCCAUCUGAAGAAAUCCACUACAUGCAUUUUCCAAAUCCCAGGACUUAUAGGAGGGAGGAAUGUGCGUGUACUCCAGUUCGGUCCUUUGUUAUCAUGUCUAUGCAGAGAUGUGGAAGUGGGUGGUUUGAGACUUUGUUAAACAGUCACCCCAAUGUAAGUUCAAACGGGGAAAUUUUUUCUGUGAAACAAAGAAGAAGCAAUAUGUCAACUAUCAAAGCAACUUUAGAUACCGUCUAUGGCUUAGAAUGGGUCAGCAGUGCUGCAAAAAAUGAUUGUGUUGCUGCAGUUGGAUUCAAGUGGAUGCUUAAUCAGGCUGUAAUGAUUUAUCACAGAGAAAUUGUCAAUUAUUUUAAGCAGAAUGGUGUAUCUGUGAUAUUUCUAUUUCGAAGAAAUCUUUUGGGGAGGCUUGUAUCUGUGCUGGCCAAUGCCUAUGAUAGAGAUGCAAAGCUAAUUAAUGGCACCCAUAAGUCUCAUGUGCAUACAAGGGAAGAGGCUGAUUUACUUGCACGAUAUAAGCCUACACUUAAUGUUAGUUCCUUGAUAUCAGACCUUUCCAAUGCUGAGCUUAUCAAGGCAGAAGCUUUGGAAUACUUCAAGAACUGUCGCCAUUUAGUUUUGUACUAUGAGGACCUCAUGAAAAAUCCGAAGGCUUUAUAUGAUGCUCAAGAGUUUCUUAGAGUUCCGUUUAGAAAGCUAGUGAGCCGCCAAGUGAAGAUUCAUGUCAAACCUCUUUCAGAACAAAUUAAUAAUUGGCAGGAAGUUUAUAGGACACUUCAAGAAUCAAAAUAUGAAUAUUUGCUACGCUACCCAGAUAAUAUUUCAUAGUUUGAAUUCUGGUUUCUGGAUAGGUGCACUGUAAAUUUCACAAAUAUGAAAAAUUCCAACAUCUUGUUGUAAUUUGAAUGGAAGAGUAGAGAAGGAAGACAAUGUCUUUUGACAA